AUGUCCACAUGUUCAGAGAAGGGCCUGCCGCCCCUGGCGAUUGUGGGCAUAUCACUGAAGUUCCCAGGAGACGCCGUGACACCAGAUGACUUUUGGAAGAUGCUUUUGGAGGGGAGAACCGCCGCGAGCGAGUUCCCUCCCGAUCGGGUGAAUAUCGAUGCUCUUUAUCAUCCGGACCGUGAGCGUCUGGACCAUCUAUCUCUAAGGGGAGGAAAUUUCAUGAAGGGAGACUUGGGCGCUUUCGAUGCUGGGUUCUUCACAAUAAAUGCCACCGAGGCAGAGGCAAUGGAUCCGCAACAGCGACUGAUACUAGAGGCAUCUUACCGCGCGCUAGAGAGCGCUGGAAUUACUCUGGCGGAAGCGUCAGGCUCCAAGACCUGCGUCUUUACGGGAAGCUUUUCCCAUGAUUACCACACGUUACAAGUAAAAGAUCCUAUGACAUUACCAAAAUGGCAUGCUACUGGGACAUCUAUGAAUAUGUUGUCAAAUCGUGUCAGUUGGUUCUUCAACCUGCAAGGCCCAAGUGCCACUGUUGAUACUGCCUGUUCCAGUAGUUUGAUGGCAAUUGAUUUGGCCUGUCAAUCUAUCUGGAGUGGUAACUCAUCGAUGGGACUAGCUAUUGGCAGUAAUACUAUCCUGGCGUUGGAAAUGAGCCUCUGCCUUGAUAAUUUAGGUUUACUCUCGAAGGAUGGUCGCUCAUAUAGCUUUGAUCAGCGUGGGAACGGCUAUGCCCGAGGUGAAGGUGUUGGCGUCCUAGUAAUCCGACCGCUGGAGGAGGCCAUCCGUCAUGGAGACACUAUAAGAGCUGUAAUCCGAUCCUCCUCCUCGAACCAGGAUGGACGUACGCCCGGGAUUAUGCAGCCUAGUGGGACUAUGCAAGAGAAACUCAUCCGCGAUACCUAUAAGAGAGGAGGUCUUGACCUGGGAACAACGCGAUAUUUUGAAGCUCACGGGACCGGAACGGCGGUAGGAGAUCCUAUUGAAGCUCGCGCAAUUGGAGGCAUCUUUCGCGACUACCGCUCAGCUGAUGACCCGCUUUAUAUAGGAUCUGUAAAGUCGAGUGUUGGUCAUCUAGAGGGCGCAAGCGGCGUGGCUGGAGUGAUAAAGGUUGUUCUUGCCUUGGAAAAAGGAAUUAUCCCACCCAAUGCAGGGCUUGAAAAGCUGAACCGCCGAAUCGAUGAUGAAUUCCUACAUAUAAAGGUCCCUCAAGCACCGGUGGCCUGGCCAGUCGAUGGCUUGCGAAGGGCGUCGGUCAGCUCGUUUGGCUUUGGUGGUUCGAAUAUCCAUAUUGUGCUAGACGAUGCCUUGAACUACCUCCAGAGCAAUGGCUUACAGGGCAACCAUAAUACCACCGCUCAUUUGAACACCAUGUGCGUAGAGAGUCAUGACACAAAUGGAACUCUGGAAACCACACCCGAUGAAGCAAAAUUGCUUGUCUGGUCAGCUGCCGAUGAGAAUGGAAUUUCCCGCAUCCAGGACAAAUGGAGAUCUUUCUUCUCAUCGCUUCAUGUUACAGACGAGGAAAAGAGAGCGUACUUGAGUAACUUGGCAUACACGUUAGCUAUUAGGAGAAGCCAUCAUCAGUGGAGGACCUUUGCGACUGUGAAAUGUUCGGAUGACUGGUCAGCUAUAGCGGACAAGCUUGCUCGCCCGUGUCGGUCUAUUUCAUCACCCAACCUGGCGUUUGUAUUCACUGGGCAAGGAGCACAAUGGUACGCUAUGGGUCGCGAGCUGAUAAACGGAUACUCCGUCUUCCGCGAUAGUGUUCAGGCUGCCAAUAGGUAUCUACAGACUUUGGGUUGUCAAUGGGAUCUUCUAGAGGAACUUCAAAAACCGGAGGAAUUUUCGAACGUAAACAAGACAGAAUACAGCCAGCCGCUCUGCACCGCGCUUCAAGUUGGCUUGGUGGACCUUCUCUCUCACUUCAAGAUUACCCCCAAGGCUGUGGUUGGCCACUCGGCUGGGGAGAUUGCAGCUGCAUACUGUGCUUCUGCGAUAGAUAGGUAUUCCGCUUGGAAGAUCGCCUUUUACCGUGGAAAAUGGAGCAGCCAGUUGGAAACGUCCAGCUAUGUCAAAGGGGCAAUGCUAGCGGUGGCAUUACCAACGAAGGAUGUUGAGCCAUACUUUGAGAAAGUCGCUGGUGAGUGCGAGAUCUUGAGAUUAACAGUGGCCUGUAUCAACAGUCCUAAAAGCGUUACAAUCUCCGGCGAGGAGAUCCAAAUCGAUAUGCUCAAGUCAGCACUUAGUGCAGAGAACAUCUUCUGUCGAAAGUUGAAGGUCAAGGUUGCCUAUCAUUCAUUCCAGAUGCAUGAAAUUGCUGCACAAUAUCAGAGUGCGAUGGGAGAGAUAGAGAAGGGUAACGAGCACAAGAUCCCCAUAGAAAUGGUGUCCUCUGUUACGGGUACCUGGGCCAAACCAGAAGACCUGAGGGCACCUAAUUACUGGGUACAAAAUAUGGUCUCCCCGGUAAAGUUCUCCGAUGCUGUGUUCACUCUUUGCUCACAUACAGAGACACCUAGACGGAAGCUUGAUCGGAGUCAUCGGCGGGCGUUUCCAAUCCAUCACUUGGUUGAGCUGGGUCCCCAUUCCGCACUACAAGCGCCUAUCAAAGAGAACUUGAACAAUUCAAAUCGACAGUCAGUAGCGUACUACUCACUUCUCGUGAGAGGUGUGCCAGCUACUGACACUGUUAUGACUGCGGCUGGCUAUUUGCAUGCAGCUGGUUACUCGAUCGACCUUGGCGCUGUGAACAAUCUGGAAAACCUCGAAGAAAAGGGUCUCCUUAAAUCAAUACCAGAUCUCCCAGAGUAUCCUUUUAACCAUAGCAAGUCUUACUGGCAUGAGAGCCAGAUAAGCAGAAACCACAGAAUACCUAAGAUUGGCAAAAAUGACCUUCUGGGUUCGCCGGAUCCAAACUGGAACCCUCUUGAGCCGCGAUGGAGAAACAUUAUCAAAUUGUCCGAGAUGCCCUGGGUUCGAGACCAUCAAAUCAAUGGUACGAUACUCUACCCGGCAGCUGGAAUGGUCGUCAUGGCUGUUGAGGCAGCGAAGCAGUUGGCCAUCGCUGGUCAACAGAUCUCAAGUUUCAAUAUCAAAGAUGUGACUCUCCAUGCCGCAAUCCCAAUCCAGGAACACAACGAGACUGUGGAAACAGCCUUCCAUAUGCGUCCGGUUAAAGAGCUUACAUCGGCAGCAUCACAUUGGUACGAAUUUGCGCUCUACAUGAACACAGAUUCAUCGUGGGUGUCAAACUGUACGGGCACUAUCCAGGUUGCAUAUUAUCCGGAAAAGCCAGACCCCGUAGACUGUGGUCACCUUGAGCGGGAUCUAGUCCGCCAACAGAUUAACGCGUAUCUACAAGCGAGCAAAGAAUGUACCUCCCCCGCUGAAGUACAAGCACUCUAUUCUCACCUGAAAGCCUGUGGUUAUGAGUAUGGUGAUUCCUUCCAAGGAAUAACUGCUUUGAGUGUCAACCCAAGUGACUGCACAUGCGUUACUGGUGAGGUGAGCAACAGGUCAUCAACCUCAGAUGAAACAAUCCACCCUACAGCGUUAGAUUCACUGAUCCAAACGGCACUUUGGCCGACGACGGGAUGCGGUGCUGAGAUCAUACCGACCGCCGUGCCAACACACAUUGAGAGCAUAACACUCUCCGUCGAUGGUCUCAACACUACAAAAGAUAUCUUCAAGGUGCAUACAAGGGUAGAGCCAUCCGGCAACUCAGACAUCUGUGCGAAUAUUACCGCUUUUGAUGAUCAACUAGGGAAGGCGAUAGUUUACGUGGACGGGCUUAGGUGUACUGCGGUUAAUGAGCUUGCUAUAGCAGAAACACAUAACUCUAUAGAUGACAAGCUCUGCCAUCGGGUCGAGUGGAAGCCGGAUAUCCGGUUGUUGAGAAACGAUGACAUUGAUCAGAUAUGUCGACAACCGUCUGUGGACACUUCCGCACUCGAAGAAUUUUUCAUCGAAGUGGACUUUCUAUUGCUUGCUCGGCUUCUUGAAGCUCUCGAUGUUCUCGCCGAGAGGAGUCUGUCACCUAGCAAGUUGCACGUCAAGAAAUAUCUCGAAUGGGCAGCUGCCCAGAAGAAAAAACUUAGCGAUGGCCGGCUCUUGUUCUCCUUAGAACCAUGGAAAAGUCGUUUUCACGAUAUCGAGUAUAUCCAGGCCUUAGAUUCACGGCUCUAUGAGAGUAACCCGCAGGGGAAGUUUCAGGUGAGCUUCUCCAGAAACCUGACAAAGUUUCUAUGUGAGGAGCUGGACCCUCUAGAGUUUAUCUUUACCUGUGGUCUCAUUGAUGAUUAUUACUAUGAUACACUCGACCGUUCAAGUAGUUCUAGGCGAAUCACGGCGUAUCUCGAGCUAUUAGCGCACGCGAAUCCGCAGAUGAGGAUACUAGAGAUUGGAGCUGGGACGGGGUCUGCUACGCGUAUUUUCUUACGCACGUUGGGCCGAGGACAGGAUGAAUCAGAAACCUCUAGAUAUGCUCACUGGGAAUACACCGACAUCUCGCGGUCGUUCUUCGGCGAAGCAGCGAGUCAAUUUGCUGCGGAGGGAGAUCGAAUGAGUUUCAACACUCUUGAUAUUGAACAUGAUCCCGAGGAACAAGGUUUCGAGUGCGGCACGUAUGACAUGGUUGUCGCUUCAUUGGUGAUCCAUGCCACUUCGGACUUAACCAAGACUUUGACCCAUGUCCGAAAGCUUCUAAAACCCGGCGGAAAGCUGAUUAUGAACGAAAUGACCAACCCCAAGCGUUCUGCAUAUGUAUUUGGGUUUCUCGAGGGCUGGUGGUUGGGGUGCGAAUCCUAUCGUUCACUGGGCCCUUGUGUAGGUGAACAACAGUGGCAUGAGCUUCUAUCACAGACCGGAUUCUCAGGAUGCGAUCUUGUCUUUCCUGAUGUCGAGAAUGCUAUUUGCCAAGAAAAUGCCUUUAUUGUUGCCACUGCUAGUCAAGACGCUCAAGACUCUUCCAGAGGUCAUCAUAUUCAAUUUGUCUAUGACCCAGCUGACAGCCCCCAGGCUGAACUUGCACGGCUACUUGAAGUGGGAUGUCGAGAAUUAACAGGCUCAACAGUAGAGUGUGUCUCAUUGGAGGAAACGGGGUCCUCUCAUGACCUAUUAAGAGUCUUCUUGCUUGAAUAUAGCAAGCCAGUACUGUGUGAUAUGCGGGAAGAAGUGUAUACAAGACUCCAAGCUCUUCUCCUCUCAACCAAAACCACACUCUGGGUCACUGAAGGAGGAGGAAAAGGCUUUGAACGACCGCAUCUACACCUCAUUGAAGGUCUAUUCAGAGUAUUGUCUGAAGAGGAUGGAGGCCGAGAUCGCUACAUUCUUUCGCUUGAACGACAACAGACGGAAGGACACCCUCACCACCGAUUAGUGCUAGAUCUCAUAUCGCACAUACUUUCCCCAGUCUCCUCCGUUGUUGAUUCCGAAUAUACUGAGCAUCGAGGGGUACUGCAAGUUGGGCGCAUGGUUAACCAUCAACCUCUGAACAACGCUAUCUCUAUUCAGACAAACCCACAACAAGCCAUAAUGAGACCAUUUGGCUGUGGAACUCAAUUGCGUCUUGAUUCUUCAUCCUCCAGCAUGACGAACGGUUUUCGGUUCAUUGAAGCCGAAUGGGCCGAUCGGCCUCUUGCCGCCAACGAAGUGGAGCUUGAGGUCAGCUACGUGGGCGUCAACUUCCGCGAUGUUCUUACUGCCUUAGGUCAACUUAACAUCGGGAGCAUAGGCCUCGAAUGUAGCGGCACGAUUACGCGUGUUGGGACAGCGUGUCGUAAGUUUAAAGCAGGAGAUAAAGUUGUCGGUUUUCUAUCCAACUGCUACUCAACACAUCUCCGAUUUCGCGAGACGGAUCCAGUCGUUCAUGUCCCCCAGGGGAUCUCCCUGACUGCUGCGGCUUCUGUCCCAGCCAACUUCAUUACAGCGUAUAUGGGACUGAAGGAACUCGCGCGAAUCCAGCCCGGCGAAUCAGUCCUGGUUCAUUCUGGAGCUGGCGGUACGGGCCAAGCAGCGAUACAGAUCGCGAAGCACUUCGGAGCCCAGGUCUAUACUACCGUAGGAUCUGACAGCAAGAAGGAAUUUCUAAUGCAAACAUACGGGAUUCCGGAAUCCCAUAUCUACUCGAGCAGAUCCACGCUUUUCGCAAAGAUGAUUCUCCAACAAACCGCGGGAAAAGGUGUUGAUAUCAUCUUUAACUCACUGUCGGGUGAAAGCCUCAUCAAGUCAUGGGAGUGCAUUGCCCCGUAUGGUAGAUUCAUUGAAAUUGGCAAAAAGGAUAUCCUCUCGAACAGCAAGCUUCCGAUGAUUCAGUUUGCAAAAAAUACAACAUUCAUCAGUCUAGAUCUAGGAUCUUGGGCAAGGGACCGCCCCGCUGAUUGUAUCUCUGCACUAGCAGACAUCUUGACCUUGCUUGUGGAGGGGAAGUUUCAACCCCCAAGUCCAAUUGCCACAUACGGUGUUGGUGAGAUGGAGAAAGCUUUUCGACUCAUGCAAGGUGGAAAGCAUCACGGUAAAUUGGUUCUUGAGAUGCGUCGAGAUGACCCAGUCAUGACCAUAUUAAAGCCCAAACCCAACUCCUUCUGCGACCCCAACGCCACGUACGUUGUUUCCGGCGGAUUAGGUGGCCUUGGUCAGAAUGCUGUUAACUGGCUUGUGUCUCGUGGGGCACGGAAUCUUCUCCUACUGUCACGAUCUGGUGGAGACAGCCCCGACGGACGUAAGCUACUUGAUCAAUUACAUAGCCAAGGCGUGGAAGCCCUGGCUCCGGCAUGCAAUGUGAGCGAUGCACAGUCGCUCCGCAAGGCGCUCGAUGCUUGCCAAUUACACAUGCCCCCGAUCAAAGGCUGUAUUCAGGGUGCGAUGGUGCUGCAUGACGUCUCAUUCUCGGACAUGUCAUACACCGCCUGGCAAACCGCAGUCCAACCCAAGGUACAAGGGUCAUGGAAUCUCCACGAGCUCCUCCCCAAGGGAAUGGACUUCUUCAUCUUGCUGUCAUCAAUCAACGGCCUAAUCGGCUCCAGAGGACAAGCCAACUAUGGUGCCGGUAACACCUUCCAAGACGCACUUGCCCACUACCGGGUCCGUAUCGGCGAGCGCGCUACGUCUCUUGACCUAGGCCUCUUCACCUUUGCUGGCGCGGUCGCCAAGGAUCCCAAACUGAGGGAGAUGAUGCGAAACAACUCGGUCUUAGACCCGGUCACGGAGGCGCAGUUCCACGCGUUGCUCGACUCCUAUUGUAACCCUAUCGUAGCCCGGGAUCUCGGGCUGAACUGCCAGACAACCAUUGGUAUACACCCAGUGGUGAUGGAGCGGGGUGCCGGAAGGGCGUAUUGGCUCGAGAAACCACUUUUCGGGCACUUACAGCUUGAGCAUACAUCACAAGGUGAUCCGCAUGGCCAGGCGCGUGGAGUGAAUAUUGCUGCUGCGUUACAGAGUGCUACAUCGUUGGCGGAGGCAACCACAUUGACUGUAGAGGCUCUUAUACUGAAGCUUUGUAGGGUCCUCUCGCUUUCCGAAAGCGAUAUUGAUGAACACAAAGCUCUACAUGAAUAUGGUGUCGAUUCGCUCGUUGCAGUAGAACUCCGAAGCUGGUUCUCGAAGGAGAUGCAGGCCGAUGUUGCUGUGUUCGAUAUCAUGGGCCGCGCCACGGUUACUUCUCUCGCGCAGCUGGCAGCUAGUCGGAGCAAGCUGGAAAAGGGAUGGUCUGCGUAA